CACAUCAUUACUUGCUACUAAUCUAUCCCCCACCCAGGGAUAUCUUGCUUAUCCAUUAACAUCGCCGAGAGAAUAACAAUACCCAUUGAUAAAGAAGCAAGCCAUUAGCCAUGACUGCGACAGGAACGAGCGUUUCGCUCCUCAAGUUUGUGGGCACCGUCUCGCUGGGCUUACUGACGGGUGUCUCUUAUUCCAUCACCUCUCUCGCCCUUCCUGUCCUACUCCGACUUCCCUCUUCUAACUCCGCCUCCCACGGUCUCACCUCUCUAAACGCUGCUCUCAAGACACCCAUCCUCGCCCUCACUUCUCUCGCCUCUGCGCCCUUCCUCAUCAGCUUUGCUCUCGCUCCCCGCUCCUCUCGCCACCCUUACCUUCUCUAUACAGGUCUCCUCGCCACCCUCUCAUUCGUCGCUCCCCUUCUAAUCCCCGCGCCUGCUCCCCGACAUGUCGCAUCAUCGGCGCCUCGGCAAUCCCCAAGAGCUAAAAUGGAGGCUAGCUACGAGGUUUUAGGCGACGCUCACAGUGAGCCUGCCAGUGAGGAAGAUAUUGAUGAUAUCAACGGCGAGGGGGUGAGAGUGGAGGUGGAGGGCCUUGUCCACAGCUACAUUGCACGAACAGCCUUCUCUGCUCUGGGUUUCACCAUGGCAGUUAUUGGAAUCUGGGGUGAUGGUGCACCUCAGGCAGUUGUCUAUGUCUCAUAGGAGAGUUUGACACACUUUUGCGAUUUGCUUUACAAGUUGAGAGAGAUAAGUUAAACACAAUGGCGUUCCCAUUUUCUUUUACGAAUGAUAUUUCAUGAUUAGUUAGGACCAUCUCAUAUCAAC